AUGGCAAAAUCAGGAAAGGGUCGGAGGUUCAUUGUUUCAUCUAUCAUCUUCAUUGCGUUUCUUUGCACUAUUGCUUCCAUAAAUGAACUCAGAUUUGACCAUUUAUUACGGUUUAGCCGAUGUGCGCUACAAUUGGAGGACACUCUACCCACAAACGCUUCAUCAGAAGAAAUCCGUGUUCUUCUCGGAAUCUUAACCCUACCGGACAACUACCACCGCCGCCACUUCCUCCGCCUCAUCUACGCCACCCAACCGGUGGUCGCCGGAGCAAAAGUCGACGUCAAAUUCGUCUUUUGCAACCUCACAAAAGAAGACCAAAAGGUUCUAAUAGCCCUAGAAAUAAUGCAAUACAACGACAUCAUAAUCUUGAAUUGCAAAGAGAAUAUGAACAAUGGGAAGAGUUAUACGUACUUCUCGAGUCUGCCCGAUAUGCUUAAAGAAGAUCCAGGUAGUUCGGGCAGUUCGGGCGGGAACUACCCACCAUAUCAUUAUGUGAUGAAGGGUGACGACGACGCUUAUUUUCGGCUCGGGCAGCUUGUGCAGUCGUUGAGAGUGUUACCAAGGGAGGAUUUGUAUUAUGGAUAUACGAUCCCAUGUAAUCAAAUGAAUCCGUAUGGACAUUAUAUGUCUGGAAUGGGAUAUCUGAUAUCCUGGGACAUUGUGGAGUGGCUCCGGGUAUCAGAUAUCCCAAAGGUGCAUCUGGAAGGGCCGGAAGAUAAAGUUUUUGGAGAUUGGAUGGAAAAAGGUAAAAAGGGAAAGAAUCGACAUAAUGCAAAGUGGUCAAUGUAUAAUUAUCCCGAGCCACCCACACAGUGUACGCAUGAAUUAUGGCCCGACACGGUUGCGGUUCACCUUUUGAAGACACAAGAGAAGUGGAUCCGGACAUUGAAGUACUUCAACGCUACCCAAGAUCUUAAACCUUCUAAAUUGUACCAUAUGGAUUAG